UAUUUCUUUGACACUCCGUCUGUACAGCGUGGAAUGUCAUUAGCAGAAGAGGCCAGAAUUCGAAGAGAAGGCAUAAGGUUAAUAAUGGAAGUGGGAACUGGCGUAAUUCUGUUUAGCAAAGCCUGGCCUACUAUAGGAACAGCCUCAAUCUACUUCCACCGCUUCUACAUGUUCCACACGCUUCAAGAAUUUCCCCGUGAGAUUGUCGCCAUGGGUUGUCUAUUUCUUGCUGGAAAAGUGUCGGAAACUCCGAAAAAGUGUAAGGAUAUUGUGACUGCUGCUCAAAACGUCUUUCCUACUGUUUAUGGAAACAAGAAUAGGAAUACAUUUGUCGAUGAAAUCAUGGGCAUCGAGCGUGUUCUGUUACAGACUAUGAAAUUCGAUCUUCAAGUUGACUUGCCCUACCAGUAUCUUAUUGAUUACUCGAAAAAAUUCAAACUCACUAAAACGGAGAUCAACUCUCUUGUUCACACUUCAUGGACUUUCGUCAAUGACAGUGCCUUUACGACAUUGUGCUUGAUUUGGGAACCCCAGGUGAUCGCCGUAGCUCUUCUUCACCUUGCCAUUACCGUUCGUAAAGUCAACAUCGGUCUCCCAGACUGCUGGUGGAAUGAAUAUAUAGCAAACUUAUCGAAUAGCUUAAUAGAUGAUAUAUGUCAUAAGGUAAGCUCUGUUUUUAUGAUCAUUCCUAUUUUGUUACGAGGCAAUUUUGUCUGA